AUGGAUCGCGAUCAGAUCAACCUUGACCAAAGGAUAUUCAUCGACGCUGGACGACGGAAACGAAUAUCGACAACGACGAUUGAAGCGUUUUCGGUUAACGAUAACGGCCCAGAUUUGGCGCACUCAGUCGAGGUGACCAGCCCGAAGCUGGACUAUCAUGGCUACGAUGUGGUCAACAAUCUGUCCUCCACCAGUAAUCGGCCAGCGGCAUCGACGACAGCUGCUGGAGAAGGGAGUGACGUAGACAACAAUAAUAUACAAGAUUUACUUAACGAUACAGAUUCAGAACUUUCCUCCCUAUCGCAUGUUGAUGCUCCCAACGAUGUCCUGUAUAUGGUUUGCGGAGUCGUUAUUGCCAUGCUCCUCGUGGGCCUCAUAAUAGUUUUAGUAGCAGUCACAAUCAGCAAAUUGAGAAAGCGUGAAGAAUCCAGCGUAAGUCCAGUGACGGCGACCAAUGUGGAGGCACCACCGUCGCAUCAUCACCAAAACAAUAGUAGCAGUUACAAUAACAGCAAUCAUCACCAUAACCACUACAGUAGUAGUAACCACACAAACAGCCAACAGCAUCAGCUAGAGAAUGGAUACUCCGUGCCAACUCCGGUGGCUUUCCGGCAGAGUCCCUCGAGUGUGUGGGUAUUCCCGCCGCUACCACCGCAGCCCAACAUCUACAGCUACAACGCCAAUAAUCAAGACGCGUUAGUGCACAACGAGAAGACCGGCUUCAAAGGACUGAAGCGACAGCUCUCCGGCCGUUUCAAGCGGCUGGUGUCGCGAAAAUCACAUGAACCCGCUCCGGUGAUACCGCCUGAACUGAAGCCCCAGCUGAAGACCAUCUACGUUUAUUAAUAAGAAUGAUAAUAAUAACGGUAAUGAUAAUGACGAUAAUUUUAGAAGACGUAUAAGAAAAAACAGGAUAAUGCUGUCGAUUAGUGUUCAGUUAAUUUUUGUUUGAUUCUUGGUCAAUUGAUUAAUGAGCGUGUGCGCAAGGGGCUCACUUCCUUUCGUAGAUUGCCAAUUCAAAGUGUUUCCGUGAUGUGUCCCAAUAUUAUUUUGUUUUGUAUACGUAGACCAUUGCUUAGAUAAUUAUGGAAUCAAAGCAAAAGAAAAAAAAAACGCCCAAAUCAAGAAAAUGAUAUUCAACUGAAAUGUUUGAUUUUCCUCGUUUUUUAACGUAAAAUUGUAAGCGCCAAUAAAAACGACGAGCGAUAUUGAACGCCAUUCCAAUUUAUGAUAUGACGUGUUCCAUCGUGGAUCUAUUUUGUGCAAAUUCAGUUUAAAACAGAAUAGUGAGAUCGUUGAAGAGCAAGUAAUCAUUAUUAUUAUUAUUAUUAUUAUUAUUAUUAUUAUUAUUAUUAUUAUUAUUAUCAUUAGUAAACCUAGAAGAAGACUGACAUACACAUCAACCUUUUCUUAAGAGAAACCGUGGAAAGCAAGAUCAAUACAGUAGCAGCUGGGAGGAGUGGAGUGGUUUCUGAGAGUACAGUAUAUUUCUAAUUCAGUUUUGGCUCAUAGCAUGGAAGUAUUUCAGUUUUAUAUGUUAGUAUUUAACGUCAAUCAGUCUAGCUUAACUCAAACUAAAACAAACUCAAUUAGAACAAGGAAGAAGACAUGAAGAGGCAGUACGGAACGAAAGCUAAAUAGUGGUCGCCGAGCUUAUAUUAUAAACUGUAAUAUGUAGUUAAAGGAUAGAUAUUUAUUUUUAGACGAAAUCAGGGCCCUCCCUCUUAAGUUCAUGUUAGGCAGCUUUCUAUGAUUCCUUGAGCAAACAGCAUUAUGCUUAAGUAGAGAAAAGUAGAAUACAAACUGUAGGAGGAAACGAUCCGAUGGUGACAGCUGGAGUAUUCGUAGCUUUCUAGCACACGCAUUAGGUGAUAUUACUGCAAUCAAAUUAGCCACAAAACAAACACGAACAAAUAUUGGCGGGCAAGUGAAGAGCAAAGCCGGCCCAUAUUUAAUGAUACUUUUGACGCUAAUAGUAGCAAGCGAAAAUCGACGCAUAUAACACCGAUGGGCUCCGUGACAAAUUGCGCUAGAUAGACGGAGUCAAACACAGAUAGGAGGGAAGUUCACUCACAUUGAGUGCCGAAAGCACAAAACGCACGCUGCGUUAGCUGAUGCAGCGAUUCCACGAGCGUGUAUUUGUGUGACCGAACAAGUUGUAUGAAAUCUGCAUAAUUUAAAUAAAUGCGAUAACUUAAAACGAA